CACUCACACACACACACACACACACACACCCGCACGCACACGCCUCGUACACACUCACACACGCUCCGGCACGCACACGCAGCGCGGGCCGGAGGGAGGAGGCUCGGCGGCGGCGGCGGCGGCGUGCUCGGCGGCGGCGGGAGGCUGGCGGGCGGCCCCCGCUCCCCGGCUCCGCGGCCCCGUGCAGCCCGCGCGGCCCCCGCCCUCGGACCCGCCCCCGGGGGUCGCCGGGCCCCAUGCCCUGCAGCGGCGGCGGAGCAGCGCGCGGCCACGGGCGGCUGUGAGAAGCCCGGGGGCAGCCGGCGACGAGGGGACCAUGUACCGGGACCCGGAGGCGGCCAGCCCAGGGGCGCCCACCCGCGACGUCCUGCUGGUCUCGGCCAUCAUCACCGUCAGCCUUAGCGUGACUAUCCUUCUCUGCGGCCUCUGCCACUGGUGUCAGCGCAAACUGGGCAAGCGCUACAAGAACUCCUUGGAGACGGUGGGCACGCCCGACUCGGGACGUGGGCGCAGUGAGAAGAAGGCCAUCAACGACCUAGACAGAGACUUUUGGAAUAACAAUGAGAGCACAGUGCAGCAGAAAUGGAGCUCCUACCCUCCCAAGGAGUUUAUUCUAAACAUUUCACCCUACGCCCCUUAUGGCGACCCACGACUGUCCCUCAAUGGCACCCUCCUGUCCGGCGCCAAAGUGGCCGCCGCAGCGGGGCUGGCGGUGGAGCGGGAAGGCCGGCUGGGGGAGACGCCGGCGCUGGUGCCACCACCCGGAGAGGACGCCUUGAGCAGCGGCGGCACUGCCCCCAGCGAGCCGGGCAGCGGUGGCAAGGCGGGGAGAGGCCGCUGGCGGACGGUGCAGAGCCACCUGGCCGCAGGGAAGCUCAACCUGUCCAAUUUCGAGGACUCCACCCUGUCCACGACCACUACCCUUGAGUCUAUCCCCAGCUCCACGGGAGAGCCGAAAUGCCAGCGACCCCGCACCCUGAUGCGGCAGCAGAGCCUGCAGCAGCCGCUGAGCCAGCACCAACGGGGCCGGCAGCCCAGCCAGCCCACCACCAGCCAGAGCCUGGGCCAGCUGCAGGCCCACGCGGCCUCGGUGCCCGGCCCCACCCCCCGGGCCUCUGGCCGGGGCCAGGCGCGGCAGGGCGCCUCGGCCGGCUCCAAGUACCGGGCGGCCGCUGGCCGCAGCCGCUCCAACCCGGGCAGCUGGGACCACGUGGUGGGGCAGAUUCGAACCCGAGGCUUGGACAUGAAAUCCUUUCUGGAAGGCCGGAUGGUGGUGCUAUCCUUGGUCUUAGGGCUUUCGGAACAGGAUGACUUUGCCAAUAUCCCUGACCUGCAAAACCCAGGAACCCAGCAGAACCAGAACGCUCAGGGGGACAAGAGGUUGCCUGCAGGAGGGAAGGCGGUGAACACAACCCCAGUGCCCAGCCAGACGCCGCACGAUGAGUCUGACCGCCGGACCGAGCCGCGCUCCUCCGUCUCGGACCUCGUCAACUCCCUCACCAGCGAGAUGCUCAUGCUCUCCCCAGGCUCUGAGGAGGACGAGGCCCACGAGGGCUGCAGCCGAGAGAACCUGGGCCGCAUCCAGUUCAGCGUCGGCUACAACUUCCAGGAGUCCACGCUCACCGUGAAGAUCAUGAAGGCCCAGGAGCUGCCGGCCAAGGACUUCAGCGGCACCAGCGACCCCUUCGUCAAGAUCUACCUGCUGCCGGACAAGAAGCACAAGCUGGAGACCAAGGUGAAGAGGAAGAACCUGAACCCCCACUGGAACGAGACCUUCCUCUUUGAAGGUUUCCCCUACGAGAAGGUGGUGCAGAGGGUCCUCUACCUCCAGGUCUUGGACUACGACCGCUUCAGCCGCAACGACCCCAUUGGGGAGGUGUCCAUCCCCCUCAACAAGGUGGACCUGACCCAGAUGCAGACCUUCUGGAAGGAUCUGAAGCCAUGCAGCGAUGGGAGUGGGAGCCGAGGGGAGCUGCUCCUGUCACUCUGCUACAACCCCUCUGCCAACUCCAUCAUCGUGAACAUCAUCAAAGCCCGGAACCUCAAAGCCAUGGACAUCGGGGGCACGUCAGACCCCUACGUGAAGGUGUGGCUGAUGUACAAGGACAAGCGGGUGGAAAAGAAGAAGACAGUGACGAUGAAGAGGAACCUGAACCCCAUCUUCAACGAGUCCUUCGCCUUCGAUGUCCCCACGGAGAAGCUGAGGGAGACCACCAUCGUCAUCACGGUCAUGGACAAGGACAGGCUCAGCCGCAACGACGUCAUCGGCAAGAUCUACCUGUCCUGGAAGAGCGGGCCCGGGGAGGUCAAGCACUGGAAGGACAUGAUCGCGCGGCCCCGGCAGCCUGUGGCCCAGUGGCACCAGCUGAAGGCCUGAGGCGGCCAGAGGAGGCCCAGGGGCCGGGGGACCGGGCCCCCAUCAUGCCCGCACCACUUUAUGCACAACGCGCCCGGCCUGGCCCCCUGCCGCGGGUGAGGGGAGGACCCUGCCGGCUCGGCCAGGGAGGGGUCCCAGAGAUCAUUUGGGCCCCGUUUCUAGGAAGAACCAGCCCCCUCCUCCGCCAGGCCAGCUCUGGGGGAGGGGCUGUGGGAGCCAUUUUCCUGCUUUGCCCCUUUACCUUCCUGACUUGCUGAUACUAAAGAAGUGGGGGAGGUCACGAGAGCCAGAUGGGCAGACGGGCAGAUCCCUCCAGAGGCCCGCCAGGUGGGCACCGUCCCCCGUUUUCUUUGAGGCGGUGCCUGGAGUGGAGAGAGGCCCACGAGAGGGGAGGCCGAGGUGCUGGGCCCCGGCCUGGCCCGGGCAGUUUCAGGUGCCGGCUGGGCCCUGAAUGCCAAGGACGGUACAGAGCCCUCGGGGGUGCUGGAGCCGCAGCCGUGUGUACUUGUGUUGUGUCCACCAUGUGUGUGUAUGUGUGUGCCCGCGCGUGCAUGUGUGUGGGUGGGGGGCUCGCUCCCUGUCCCCCUGGGGCCAGCGGUGUGAAGACUGUGCAGAGAGGGCAGGGUUUCAUGGAGUGAGGCGGGGCCGGAGGCCGGAGGGGACAGUGCACUGAGCCAGGGCAGGAGAGGAGAAGCGGGGAGGGGUGCGGAGGGGUGGGAAAGAGGGGCAGACGCAGCUGGGCUGAGAACUGGGCUGCCUCCAGCUGUACCCCCUUCCCCCCAACCCCAGGGCCUCCCUCUGCUCAGAGUUCUCCAGUAGCUCCUUCCCCGGUGACAUCAUUCAUCCCUUGAGCAUUGUUUCACACCUUUUAGGCGCCUACUGUAUGCACCUCAUCCCACCAGGACCCACCUGCGCCCUUCCUUCCAGAGACACCCUUGUUCAUCCCAGAUCGCACAGCCCAGCCCCGCUGGCAAUAUUCUACCCGAGUCCCACUUUCUUCCCCUUCAUCUCGCUCUGUCCGUGCAGACCUGCCCCCCCCCCCCCCACACACACACACACUCACUCACUCAUAUAUACACACACUCCUCCCCUCCAUCCUCCUGCUUGCUCACCUUCCCUGUCACCUCUCUGCUCCUGCAUCACCCAUUCUUCUCCAGGAGUGUCUCCUCCCCUCACCCCUGCACCCCGUCCUCCGGGCAGCUCCUGCUCCCCUUCUCAGUUCAGGGCAGGGAAGCAGGGAAAGUUCCAGGGCCCGAGAGAGGAGGGACAGGUGAGGGGUGACUGGAGGAGGUGGGGAGGGAAGUGGGGAGUUCAGAGGUUUCUCCGCCUCCGCUGCUGCAGAUUCCACCCCUUGGAGACAGCAGAUUCCGGGUUCACCCCUGCUUAAGCCUGUGCAUCCCCCUGCCCCCCCGCCCCCCCAACGGGACCUGGUAUUGAUACAGGACUGCUGGCCACAGCUUCCCAGCCCGGGGUCCGCGAGCCGGGACCUGGCAUUCCCGGCACUCACCGCCAGGUGGCGCCAGGACACCGCAGCCGGUGACCGCGUUCUCGGACCAAGGCCUACCCCAGACGGGGGCGGCACCCCGGGAAAGGAGAGCCCCGGACAGGGUCCCCGUAUAGGAGCGUGGCAUCAGCAUGGGCAUUGGAAACCACCCUCCUGGCGUAGCCCGCCCCCGAGCGGGGCCGUCUGCUCCCUGCCGCGGCGGGCCGCAUUCUCGCCCGGAUCACAUUUUGACAUUGACGCACCCCUGCCCCUUGGACGGAGGGAUGUCACCCGCAGUCGGUGACUCGUGCUGUGGAGUGGAAAGUGCUCGUGUCCACAACUGGUCGCCCGCAUCCCUUGUAAACCCAAAUGUCUCUCUAGUGUAGCUUUGCUUAAACUGGGGGUCCGCCCCGUCCUCGCCGAGCGGGCUGGGGACCAGCCCCCAGCGGGGACGGGAGGGCGGGGACUCCGGAGGCUGUGGGGGAGCGGAGAGAGGGUGCUGUCUCGACAGGUAGAGGGGUCCUGGGCCCCUGCACCCCGCGGGAGGCGAGCGGGUGAGCGAGCCGGGUCCCAGGCCCGAGGGGAGGGGGGGCGGGGGAGGAGUUGCACUAAUUUGCAGAGUGGACGAGGCAAACGCAGCCUUCCCCCCCCCCCCAGGCCCACCCACUGGGUUCUCAGCCAAUCACAUGCAGAAAGCAUCUCCGCGCGGUGUCGGUUCCCAGUCUGACUCGCCCAGGCACCCGCCUGGGGUUCCCCAAUCCCCUGACGCGCAGCCGGGGCGCAGGAGAGGGGCGCGCGCGAGGAGGGCCAAGGACCUGGUGGGCUGUCGCGGGAAGGGGCGGGUGGUCUGGGGAAUGGGGGAACUUGAGGACGGGGGUGGGCACCGGAGCCCUGCCGCCAACCCAGGACCUUGUUGGGCAAAUCGCGCCCCCCUCCCGGGGCCUCAGUUUCCCCACCUGUCAAAUGAUGGUAACAAUACUUCACCUACCUCACAGGGGAGGUUGUGAGGCCGCCGCCAGGGGGGGGGGGUCCCGGCGGGGGACUGGGAGGGGCCACCCGUGAGCAGAGAGUUACUGCAGCCGAAGCCGGCCCGCCUGCCCUCCCCCCAGCCUGUCUCCUCCGCUGCGUCCCAGGCCCCUUUCCGAGCGUCGUCCGUCUUCGUGGGCCCCUAGACUUAGUCGUUCUCUCGUCCAGGUUCCCUUCCUUGUGACCGUCUCCCCAGGGCGCCGCUGUACAAACCCCGCCGCCCAGGUCCUCGCGCCUGCCCACCGGUGCCAGACACCAGGAAAACAGCCACAAAAACGCCCAGGGGGCCCCGGACCCCCAACCCGGCUGGGGCCCAGGGGUGGGGGCUGGUAGCCGUUGUUUGUGUUGUGUUGGAGUCCUUGAGCGCAAGUGUUUUAUAAAAAAAUAAAUAACCACAAAACAAAAACCCACUGUCACAAAAAAAAAAAUGCAGUGAAGAGAGAUGGAGAAAAACCGAAGGAAAACAAACAAAAAAAAAAGGAAAAAAGAACCAUACAACAACUCUCCACCACACUCACCCUCUAAGCCAGCAAGACUUCCUCUUUGCAAAAUCAUAUUUUUGUGGGAAUGGGCCCUGCUUUUGUGGCGCGGCCCGUUCCGAUUAAUAAAGGAUCGUGGAAAA